AUGUCGAAUUUGGCGAAGCUCGAAAUCUCUGCCCUUGAUGUGUCUGGAAAAAAUUAUAUGUCAUGGGCAGUAGGUGCAAAAAUGCAUCUAAGAGGAAACGAUACCAUCGAUAAGUCGGAAACGACAUCAGAUGAGAAAAAGGCGAAAGCCAUGAUAUUUUUGCUCCACCACAUCGAUAAUAGUUUAAAAGAAGAAUAUAUCACGAAAGAAACUCCUGCAGAUCUUUGGCAAUCUCUUAAAGAUAGGUUUGAUCACCAGAAAUAUGUGAUCUUACCAAAAGCCAAACAUGAGUGGUUAAACCUCCGGUUUCAGGAUUACAAAAGUGUUGGUGAAUAUAAUUCCGCUAUAUUCGGAAUUACUUCCAGGAUGAUGUUAUGUGGACAGGAGGUUACCACUUACUCGGAGUUGAUGCAAGUCCUCCUUGUAGCUGAACAAAAUAAUCAACUCGUGAUGUUGAACUAUCAAACUCGUCCAACUGGAUCAUCGCCAUUCCCAGAAGCGAAUGUUGCGUCAUCCAGUCAAAAUAAUAGAACCGAACGUGGACGCGGGCGCGGUCGAAACCGUUACCGCGGUCGCGGACGAGGUCGUGGACGAGGAAGACAAAAUGAUGUUGGUCGGGAAGCAAGAAAGCAAAAGGAAACUGCUUGUUACAGAUGCGGCAUGAAAAAUCAUUGGGCAAAAACAUGUCGUACACCAAGACAUUUAGCCGAUCUGUAUCGAGCAUCACAAGAUGCCAAAGAAAAGGAUAAAGGAAAGAAUUUUGAAACCAAUUUCAUCUCUGAUGAAGCUGGAACUUCCUUUGAUGACAUAAAUGAUUAUACUCAUCUUGAUAUCGCUGAUUUCCUAGUUGAUCCAGAAGAAUCAACGGAAACAAAGCGAUUAAGAUCGAUGUAA